UCCUUUGCCUCUCACAUAUCUCAGUGGCAAACUCUGAGUGCAGCAGAAAUGCUGGGGAUUUCUGGCCUCAGAGAACCAGGAAUGACGUGUCCCCAUGUGCAGCCACAGCAAAUGUCCAACAGCAGCAGCUCCAUCAGCCACUUCCUCCUGCUGGCACUGGCAGACACGUGGCAGCUGCAGCUCCUGCACUUCUGCCUCUUCCUGGGCAUCUCCCUGGCUGCCCUCCUGGGCAGCGGCCUCAUCAUCAGCGCCGCAGCCUGCGGCCACCACCUGCACACGCCCAUGUUCUUCUUCCUGCUCAACCUGGCCCUCACUGACCUGGGCUCCAUCUGCACCACUGUCCCCAAAGCCAUGCACAAUUCCCUCUGGGACACCAGGACCAUCUCCUAUGCAGAAUGUGCUACACAGUUCUUCAGGGCUGUGCUGAGGAUCCCCUCUGAGCAGGGACAGCACAAAGCCUUUUCCACCUGCCUCCCUCACCUGGCCGUGCUCUCCCUGUUCCUCAGCACUGCAGCAUUUGCUCACCUGAAGCCUCCCUCCAUCAACUCCCCAUCCCUGGAUCUGACAGUGUCAAUUCUGUACUCUGUGGUGCCUCCAGCCCUGAACCCCCUCAUCUACAGCCUGAGGAACCAGGAGAUCAAGGCUGCAGGCAUCAAAGACUAUACAUGCAUAAUUAUUCAGAGGGAUUUUCAGCACUAG